GUCCUGAUCCAACUCAAAAUUUUGCUUUUCGCCCGUCCCGUUUACAUAUAUCAGCUAUUCCAUUUGGUGUAUCGGAUGAUGAUUCAGUAUCAGAUUAUUCCGAGCAUCGAAGAUCCGGCCUUUUUGAUGUCCAUACACCUGCUUUCCAAUCGAUUACAUCAUA